AUACCACAAACAAGUCAUGGGCAAACAAGUCGCCACCGCCACCGCCACCGCCGAUGGCCAACAACUCCCCGCCGACAGUGAAGAUAAAUAUAAGCUAGUGGGUUUCAACAAUUUCGUUCGUACUAAUCCCCGUUCAGAUUUAUUCAAUGUUAAACGCUUCCAUCACAUUGAAUUUUGGUGCGGCGACGCUACCAAUACUGCUCGUCGCUUUUCUUGGGGUCUCGGUUUGCCAAUUGCUGCUAAAUCUGAUCUUUCUACUGGAAACUCCGUCCAUGCUUCUUAUCUUCUUCGUUCUUCUUCUUCUUCCCAACUUCAAUUCCUUUUCACUGCUCCUUAUUCCCCUGCUAUCUCUACCCCUUCUUCUUCAUCAAUUCCAACUUUCUCCGUCUCUUCUCACCGAUCCUUCACGGCUACCCACGGGCUCGGUGUGAGAGCAAUAGCAUUGGAAGUUGAAAAUUCGCGUUUGGCUUUCUCGACCUGUGUUUCUCAUGGGGCAAAACCCGUUUCGGAACCAGUAAUUUUGAAUGAUGAAGUUUUGAUUUCGGAAGUUCAUCUCUACGGCGACGUCGUUUUGCGUUUUGUAAGUUUUUUGAAAGAUUCGAAUAGAUUUGUUUUUCUUCCGGGUUUUGAAUUGGUGGAGGGAGCCCAACUUGACUAUGGCAUUCGCCGGCUGGACCACGCCGUAGGGAAUGUCCCGCAGCUGGGUCCGGUUGUUGAGUAUAUCAAAAGCUUUACUGGGUUUCAUGAAUUUGCGGAGUUUACGGCUGAGGAUGUUGGGACAACUGAGAGUGGGCUGAAUUCUGUGGUGCUGGCUAACAAUGAUGAAACUGUUUUGUUUCCGCUGAAUGAACCGGUGUAUGGGACUAAAAGGAAGAGUCAAAUUCAGACGUAUUUGGAGCACAAUGAAGGGGCAGGGGUGCAGCAUUUAGCAUUGGUAACUGAGGAUAUAUUUAGAACUUUGAGGGAAAUGAGGAAAAGGAGUGGUAUUGGGGGAUUUGAGUUUAUGCCUUCGCCUCCUCCGACGUAUUAUAAGAAUUUGAAGAGCAGGGCAGGGGAUAUACUGAGCGAUGAGCAAAUAAAGGAAUGUGAAGAAUUGGGGAUUUUGGUGGAUAGGGAUGAUCAGGGGACUCUGCUUCAGAUAUUCACAAAGCCUGUAGGGGAUAGGCCUACAAUUUUUCUCGAAAUAAUCCAGAGAAUAGGGUGCAUGCUGCAAAACGAGGAAGGUGAGCUUUAUCAGAAGGGUGGAUGUGGAGGCUUUGGCAAGGGAAAUUUCUCAGAGCUCUUUAAAUCCAUUGAAGAAUAUGAAAAGACACUUGAAGCUAAACAAAACCCUCAAGUAGCCAUUGCUUGAGCUUGCGCUCGUCUCCCUGUAUAAUCAACGUUAAGGAUGAGGCAUCGGAGUUGCAGCAUAGCUUCCAUUUUAUGUCUCAUUAUAAAUGAAAAAUAGUUUUACAUGUAUAUGUUUAAAUCAUCUGCUAUUGUACAAAGAGACAUUGAUUAUUUAAUGGGAAGAAGCA